UAACAUCGAAAAUGACAUGAAAAUGGUAAGAAGUAAGGAAUUCACAAUUUCUCAAGGCGGUUUGUUACAGAAUACAAAGAUAUAGAGAUAAUAAAUUUUUAAUUAGAAAGAAUAGAUAUAUAAGAACUUGAAGAUGAAUAUUUAAUAGAAUUCGUUAGAGCGGAAAGCAAUAUGCCAUUAAAAACGAAUUCCAAAUUACCAGAUGUUCCAAUAUCAUUUUCUUUAAUUAUAAUCACUGCAUUAUCUCUGUGUUUUAUUAAUAGCUAUAAUGGUGAAUUUGUAUUUGAUGAUUCUGAAGCCAUUGUACAUAAUGAAGAUGUACAAACCAGUCCUUUGAUGGAUAUAUUUAAAAAUGAUUUUUGGGGUACAAGACUGACAUAUAAGCAAAGCCAUAAGUCGUAUAGACCACUUACAAUCUUAUCUUUCAGAUUACAUUUUUGGCUUCGUGAAAGAUUGAUAGCUCAAGAUUAUCACAUAGUGAAUAUAAUACUUCAUACCAUUGUUUCCAUAUUAAUGUUACCAGUAUUUAAUAUACUUAUAGACUCAAAAGAAAGGAGUACUACGUUUUAUGCUACCGCAUUGUUCGCUGUCCAUCCAGUACAUACAGAAGCUGUUUCAGGCAUUGUAGGUAGAGCAGAAUUAUUGUGUGCUCUAUUUAUGUGGAUAUCCAUUAUAUUUUAUUACUAUUCAAUCUAUGCGAGGAGACUAUUAUACAAAUGGCUCAGUAUGUGUGGUUGUAUCACAUCUGUUGCAAUUGCAAUGCUGUGCAAAGAAACAGGAAUUACUGCAGUGGGAAUUUGUUGCAUAUAUGACAUUAUAGUAGUGAACAAGCUAUAUCCAUUUCAAAUAAUCUUGUUCGUUACAUCAAGACCUUCGUGUGAGCAACUAAAGAAUUUUAUUAAGCAAAAACAAAAAUUACUAAUCAGGCUCUUUAUACUUUUUGUGUCUGGUUUGAUACUUAUAAUUUCAAGAUUUUGUAUAAUGGAGUUUAAAGCUCCAAUCUUUCAACCUGUGGAUAACCCAGCAUCAUUCAUGCACAAUAUAUUUUUACGAAUAUUAAAUUACAAUUAUAUUUACUGUUUGAACAUAUGGCUAUUGAUAUGUCCUGAGUGGCUGUGCUUUGAUUGGUCAAUGGGUUGUAUACCCUUAAUUAAUUUUAAUGAUAAAAGAAUACUUCUUGUUCUUCUGUUCUGGUUAAUAGUUGGUGCAAUGUUGGUAUAUAUAUUUAAUUCUUAUGAAGAUACAUUUUUAAGAUACUCGAUUAUGGGAGUGGCAAUGCUCGUUAUUCCAUUUUUGCCAGCCAGCAAUAUCUUUUUUAAUGUUGGUUUCGUUUUGGCAGAGAGAACUCUAUACAUUCCCUCUGCUGGUUACUGCCUUUUAGUUGUUAUAGGAUUACAGAAACUUUAUAACCGUGUCCCUGUGCAAUAUUUGCUAUUAACAUAUGUAGCUUUAAUUUCGUUGUUUUUUGUGAAAUCGUGGAUAAGAAGUGACCAAUGGAAAACUGAAACUACCUUAUUCCGAUCAGCAUUACAUGUUUGUCCAUUAAAUGCAAAAGUACACUAUAAUAUUGCGAAAAAUGCGGCUGAUGCCGGAAACUCUACAUUAGCGCAAUACGAAUACGAGGAAGCUCUGAGACUAAAUCCCACGUAUGCUCAAGCUAUGAACAACCUCGGAAAUUUGCUCAAAGAUCAAGGAAGGUAUUUAGAAGCAGAGACAUUAUUUAAGCGAGCUAUUAAGUUACAGGAGGACUUUGCCACAGCAUGGAUGAAUUUAGGCAUUGUUUUAUCGGCAUUAAAACGAUACGAAGAGUCGGAAAAGAGUUACUUGACUGCUUUGACUUAUAGAAGCAAAUAUCCUGAUUGUUUUUAUAAUUUGGGUGUGCUGUAUUUGGAGCAGAAAAAUUAUGAUAAAGCAUUGAAAGCCUGGGAAUCUGCUACGAAACAAAGAAAUACGCACAGAAGAGCAUGGACCAAUAUGGUAUUACUUCUUGAUGAUUUAGGUAUGCGUGAAGAUGCUCUAAAAAUAGCAAAUCAAGCUUUACGAUAUAUACCGGAUGACGCAUCUAUUCAUUUCAAUAUCGCAAAUAUAUUGGGGAAAGCAGGAAAUUUUGUGGAAGCGGAAGCGUAUUUUAAGAAUGCAAUAUCAAGGAAUCCUAAAGAUGCUAUAUUUUAUACGAAUUUGGGUGUACUGUAUCAUAGAUGGAAUAAACUCAAUGAAGCAGAAGAUAUGUAUAAGAAAGCAUUAGAAUUCAAACCAGAAUUGAAUAGUGCAAAGGAGAAUUUGAGAAAGCUAUAUUCUCUGAAAACGUUAAUAAAAUAAUUUAUUUUUUGUUGCAAACA